AUGGCUCCCAAGGUUGCUAUUGUUAUCUACUCGAUGUACGGCCACAUCGUUAAGCUGGCCGAGGCGGAGAAGAAGGGUAUUGAGUCCGCCGGUGGCUCUGCGAAGAUCUUCCAGAUCGCCGAGACCCUUUCUGAAGAUGUCCUUGCGAAGAUGCACGCUCCCCCUAAGCCCAACUACCCCAUUAUUGAGCCCGAGCAGCUCCUCGAGUACGACGCCAUUCUCUUCGGUAUCCCCACUCGUUACGGUAACUUCCCCGCUCAGUGGAAGACUUUCUGGGACAAGACUGGCGGCAUCUGGGCCUCUGGUGGUUACUGGGGCAAGUACGCCGGCCUUUUCGUCUCCACUGGUACCCAGGGUGGUGGCCAGGAGUCGACCUGUCUUGCUUCCAUGAGCACUCUCGCCCACCACGGCAUGGUCUACGUUCCUCUUGGCUACAAGACUGUCUUUGGACAGCUUGCCAACCUCGACGAGGUCCACGGUGGUAGUGCCUGGGGUGCUGGUACCUUUGCUGGUGCCGACGGUUCUCGCCAGCCUACCGCUCUUGAGCUCCAGGUUGCUGAGGCUCAGGGCAAGGCCUUCUACGAGACCGCUUCCAAGGCCAAUUGA